UUGUCGAUUGGAUUUGGCGCGCGUUCCGGAGCGUGCGCGUGUUCUCUUCAGAAGUAGCGGCGCGUGGUAGUGUUUGAGCGUCCCGACGCGACGGCGUCUCCUUGCGCUCGGCCACCUUGGUGCGCCAGCGCGUGCCAAAACACCAGUAUGAAAACGUCGUACUUGUCGUUAGUGUGCCCACGUCGGCACUGAGUUGACCCAAGCUGACGGCCACUGUGGACAUGUGUCGCGGUGCGGAGUCUACAAACGCCAGCGGCGACGCGCUGUCCAACGAGACGGCCGCUGCCGAAGCCCUGGCCUCAGCCGCGGCGGCCUGUUGGACAGGCAUCAGCUUCGAGACGGCCUUCAGGAUUCUGUUGUACGCCAUCAUAUUCGUGUUCGCCGUUGUGGGAAACUCGCUGGUCAUCAUCACACUCGUCCAGCGUCGGCGCAUGAGGACCGUGACCAACGUGUUCUUGCUCAACCUGGCAGUCAGUGACUUGUUGCUGGGAGUAUUCUGCAUGCCCACCACGCUGGUCGGCAGCGUUCUCAGGAAUUUUGUGCUUGGCCCAGUCAUGUGCAAGCUCAUACCUUACUUCCAAGCCGUGUCAGUGUCUGUGUCCGCUUGGACGUUAGUGUCCAUCUCGCUCGAGAGGUUCUUCGCCAUCGUUCGGCCCCUGGAGUCUCGACGGUGGCAGACCCGGUCACAUGCCUACAAGGUCAUUCUGCUCGUCUGGCUCUGUUCCAUGGUCACCAUGCUGCCCAUCGCUGUCCUCUCGCAGCUGGUGCCCCUGCGCGGAGAACGCAAGAAGUGCCGGGAGGUGUGGCCGGACGCGACGUCAGAGCGCGUCUUCAACGUGUACCUGGACGUGACCCUAUUCCUGCUGCCGCUAAUCAUUAUGUCGUUCGUGUACAGCUGCAUCUGCGCCACCCUCUGCCACGGCAUGAAGCUCGACAACAAAAGUACGCUGUGCUGCUGCUCGCUAGUCCGCCGGGCCUUGGCGCGCCGAUGCAGGGGUUGCGCCGCCCCGACGCCCGAAACUGAACAGCACCCCUCAAACGAGGAACUGAUGUCGACUGCCGCAGUGCAUGAGGAGUACCACACCAACCCCAACAUGCCGCAACUGUUCGCGCCCCCUGACGUGGAAGCCCGGCUCCAGAGAACACCCAGGAGGCAAUUUAUCUUCAGAGGGACUUACCGCAAGAGCCGGGCUUCGAAGCGGCGUGUAAUCCGGAUGCUGUCGGUGCUGGUGCUGGAGUUCUUCGUGUGCUGGACGCCGUUGUACGUGCUGCACACGUGGACCGUGUUCGACGCGCAUGCCGCAUACAGCCGCGUGCCAGCGGGCGCCUUCGCUGCCGUCCACCUGCUGGCCUACGUGUCCUCGUGCUGCAACCCCAUCACGUACUGCUUCAUGCACGACAAGUACCGACAGGCGUUCCGUAACGUCCUCGCCUGCUCGAGCGCCGCGAGUCGCAGGCGCCGGCGGUGGUCCUCGACUAAGAGCCACGACCGCUUUGUCUCCCUCAACAGCAUCUGCAGCAACGGCAAGAACGCUAGCGGUAAAGGAUCUUUACGGAGUACGCUCACAAGCCGCCUGUCCAGUCUGAAAGAAGAGAAACCGACCAACGAUAUAAAUGAAGUCGCUGACCAAAAGCACGCAGCCGUGUGCAAGUUACCGGCGACUUCCUUGGCUGACGGCGAGUCCUCGUCGUCCUGCAAUAUGUCCACGUAUUGCGGCCGGCGCGCGGGGAACGCCAGCGACACCGAGUCCUGAGUGCGCCGGGCCGGACGGCCUCGCUUCCGCCCGGAAACAAAUGGUGCUGCAAAGGCGGAUGUACCAAGAUCCGCGCACCAAGGUAUUUGCCACUGUGGAAAGACGUCGUCGUCGGAAGGUCACCAGUGCUUUGAGUUGCACAAGACUGUGGUGCGGAGAUGGACACAUUGCGCUGGCGUCCCAGCUACCGUGCUCUCCAUUCCUCAGACUUCUCUCUCGUGGCCGUGAUUGUGUGAUAUUUGGGACGCUCGCGAGGACAUCGGGUGCGCUCAUUUUUUUCCUGUCAUUGUUGGUCAAUUCCAAACGUGUCAUUUCUCAGCACUGUGUCGUCAAACAGAAUGCCCAAGUCAUCUUUCAUCAUCUACUGCAUGUUGUCUCGAUCCUCUACGCCAUGUCAAGCAUUUGUGCAUCCCACCCACCCAGUUGUCACCUGUAUAAAUAAAACCUUUAUUCAUUCGUCGUUA